GUGAGAUAAUUGUAGAUUAUGUUUUUUUUUUUACCAUUUUUUCUUAUUGACAUAUAUCUCGAUUCUCGGGGGAAAAGCAGCGUCACCAGACGGGCCGUUGGCAGAUCCCUAUUCCGGAGCGAGAGCCGUAAAUUAGAAACGGCAAUUUAUCUCUCUCUCCACAGUCAACCGUCCUUAAGCCAGCCCGCCAACGUUUCUAAGUUUUUUCUUCUGGUUCUUCAUUUCCCGCCUCCCACCUUUCUCCACUCCCCAAGCCGGCAAGCCGGCGCUCCUCAUCUUCUCCGACAUCCCGCAGUGAAAUCUCCGAGUCGAUCCCCACUCGAACUGACUUGAAGAAAUGGCCGGCCAGUCUGGUUCUCAGCUCUCGCUCUUCACUCCCGACGAGGUGGAGUUCAUGGCGGAAGACGAGUUGGUCGAGAUCGUCCCGAAUCUGAGAAUGGACUCCCUCAAUUUCAUCUGUGGGGAUUACGGCCCGUUUUACCCACAAAUAGCCAUUCAGGUUCCGUUGUGGUUGGCUCUGGCGCUGAAGAAGCGAGGGAAGUGCACGAUUCGUCCUCCACAGUGGAUGUCUAUCGAUAACUUGACUCAGGUGCUGGAAGGUGAAAGGGAGUCUCAUGCAUUUCAGUCAUUGCCCUUCCAUUAUGUUGAAAUCUCCAGACUUCUUUUUGACCAUGCACGAGAUGACAUUCCUGAGAUAUACAUGGCGAGAUCGCUCGUUGAAGACAUCAGGGAUGUGAGGUUUCAUAAGGUGGAGACAAACUUGGAAAACUUCACUGCAUCUGCAGUAACGUGGAAAAAUAUGGCUGCUAUGGAAGUGAAUAUAAUCCGUGCCUUCUCUGGGAGAGCCCUACAAGCAUUUUAUAGACACGAGAAUGAGCAGCUCAUACCAGAUCUUGAUAGAACACAAGAUAGACAACCGCAAAAUCUCAAUGACAGGCCUAGACGUAACCUAAGGCCUCGGUAAAUUAAGCAGGAAAAACUAACCUCGUCAGGAAGCCGCACAAGUUAGUCUGCUUCCCGUUGAUAACUUGGUGAUUCUUUGACUGUUAUAGAGAAGUCUUUGCCUGAGUAACUCAGCUACCAGAUUUGCAUCUACUAAUGGAAUCCUAGGUCAGUAUUUUAUGGUGUACUAUUGCUAUAUGUGUAAUCUUUAUAUGGAAUGCAAUGGUGCAUAUCUUCCUGCAAACUAGAAGUGGGGGAAUCUUUGCUUGAGGAAAGCUAAGUGAAACAUUUUACAAGGCUCGAAUUAAACAGGGUAUAUUGAAUUUUAAGGUUCCAUUAGGCUCCGACCCUGUGUUAGUGGUUUUUCCAUAUCACAUUGAUAAUUUUAUCUGCCUAAGAGUCCAGGCUGUGCAUCAGAAUCACAAUUUAGAUCCCAUUUUGGUAUUCAAUUGAUUAUAGGGAACAUAUAGGCCACCAAUUAUCCAUAGUAGGGUCGAGUAUAAAGACGGAGAUAAUUCUUUUGAGUAAGAUAUGUUCUCUAACCCCACUCUCAUUCUUGGUCAGAGGAGUUUUCUUCUCUUCUCCUCUAGUACUCGAUAGAGAAGUCAUGGGCCAUAGUUCGGUGGAUGGUAUACUUCUUGUUCAGUUUGAUUUCGACCAUUAUGUGUGUUAUCUCAGUUGUUAGAUUGUCGUGAAUGAUAUUUGUUUACAUAAUCAUUAUCGUGUCAAAUCAACUGUUGAAGUUACCACUCUCUGCACUUGAAGUUACACAAAUGGUUGACAUGUUUGUCAUCCAUAGUAGCAACGUUGUGUAUGACAGGAACUUUAGUUAUAAAUAGUCUUUUAGAUUUGAAUAAUGCAUUAUGGAUGGUAAUCAAACCCAUGGUCGUGGGUAUCCGACCGCCCCCAACCGAGUCAACGCGGGGAAUCCCCGCUUUGACCGGGUAUGGGGCGGGUAUGGGUAAAACUCGCAAAAAGUUUGAUGGGUAUGGGGCGGGUAUGGUUUUAGCCUCCUCCGCUCCAUACCCAUCCCCAUACCCGCCCCACCAAGAUAAUUUCUUCAUAUAUAAAAAAAAAAUAUGUGCAUCAAAUUAUAAUCUAUCAAUGAUGAUGAGGAUAACUUGAGAAAAUAAAUAGUAGAAAUGCAAUUGAGUGACACCUUAAUCAAAAUCUAAUUCAUUUCUCUCAAUUCUCAUUUCACUCUUUCACUUUCCCCCUUGUCAACAAGAUUAUGUUAGUUAAUUAUUAUUUAGUAGAUGUAUGAGAGUUAGAACAUAAUAAUUUGAAAAAUAUUAUACUCUAUAUUAUGUAUUAAUGGAUAUUUUAGGAUCAUAAUCUUUGAACCAUAUUAAAAAAAUGACCGUGUUUUGUUGACUUCAUGAUAUAAUAUAUUCGUUUAGAGUUAUAAUUAGAACUUUUCUUAUAAGUUUUAGGUAUAAUAAUGUUGGAUUACGGGUAUGAGCAUUACCCAUGGGUACCCGAAACCCACGGGUAUGGGAUGGGUUUGCAAAACAUUCCCCGCAUGGGUAUGGAGCGGGUAUGGGUUUGGGUAUUUGAAGAUGGGGAUGGGAAUGGUUUAAGCAAACCCGCCCCAUUGCCAUCCCUAUAAUGCAUUCUCGUUUUGCGAUUGUUAUUAGUUUAUAUAUAACCACCAUAUCAAUAAUUAGAUUCUCUCGUUUUCCUUCAUCUUCAUUUUCUAGUGUGUCAAUGAUUAGAAAGACUUUCCCUUUGAGCAAUGAUUAGAUUCCAAACAAGAUAUGGAAUGAACACACUACACAAUA